AAAUGUUGGGAUAUCUCAUAAAAACUGUUCUUGUGUUGUUAGUUGGAUAUGUUUAUCCAGCCUUUAAAUGUUUCAAGGUCCUAGAGAGGAAUAAUGAAGGGAUUCAAGGACUUAGUUUUUGGUGCAAAUAUUGGAUUAUAGUUGCACUUGCUACAGUCUUGGAAAAAUUCAAUGAGAUCAUUUCUCUAAGGUUCCCAAUGCUUGCUGAGCUUAAACCGUUAUUUUUAAUGUUCCUAUGGCACCGCAGAACUCAGGGAGCCGAGAUUAUUUAUGAGAGAUUAUUGAGACCGUGGAUUGUGAUAAAUGAGGCAGAAAUCGAAGAUAAAUUGGAGAGAAUUAUAUCAGGGGAACUUUUGUUGUUCUACAUUAAGAAUUUUACAAGCAUAGGCCAAUCUAGGUUCCUUGAACCAAUCCGUCAUUUUAUUUCUAAUUCACAAUCAAACACUCGUAAUCAAACAAUUUCACCACCAGAGACAUACAUUUCCCUUCUCUUCUUUCAAAGCUCUCAAACCAACAAACUCACAACCAAUCUCUCAAAGCCAACUCUCUUCUCUUCCAAGGAAAGUGAUAAAGAGUUGGGAGGAAAAAUGUUGGGAGAAUUCAUAAACAGAGUCCUUGUGUUGUUGCUUGGAUAUGCUUAUCCAGCUUUUGAAUGUUUCAAGGUGGUAGAGAGGAACAAUGGAUCAGGGAUUCAAGAACUUAGGUUUUGGUGCAAAUAUUGGAUUAUAGUUGCAAUUGUUACGGUUCUGGAGAAAUUCACUGACAUCAUUGCUUCAGGGUUUCCAAUGUAUGCUGAGCUUAAACUGGCAUUUUUCAUCUUCUUAUGGUACCCAAAAACUCAGGGAACUGUGUUUGUUUAUGAGACAUUAUUGAGACCAUGGAUUGUGAAACAUGAGCCACAGAUUGAAGAGAAAUUAGAGAAAAUUAGGUCAAAAUCUGGGGAACUUUUGAUGUUUUAUAUCAAGAAUUUUACAAGCAAAGGUCAGUCUAUGGUCCUUGAAGUAAUCCAUUACAUCAUUUCUCAUGCCCAGUCAAAGACACAGAAUAAACCAGUAUCACCAACAGAGAUCGUACGGCCAGAACCAUCAGCACCACCGCUACCGGAUUCGAUCAGACGGUCUUGGGACUACGACCCAUCCACAUCCCAAGUCUACCCUUUCUGGGGCGACGACGAAGACCGACACUUGAAGCGCACGUGAUUCGCAUGUGAGAAUCACAACUGAAACGAUAUUGUCCAAAUUUAUUUAUUUAUUUUUUUUCAUUGUUUUAUUUUUAUUUUUUUAAAUUUUGGUUGUGAUAUACUCAAAAUUAAAUUAACUGAGGAUGAUGUUUGUUAAGUA